GUUCGCAUCAGUAUUUUCUCAAUAUGCUUGUGGAUUGCAACGUCCCUGCGUGAGCCGGUUCUCGUCGGCUCCUGGGGAUUGAAGAGAAAAUGCCCGGUGUCACACCGAGCGAAAGCAGCGGACUUUCCAGAGGAAGUCCGUCCAAGAAAAACAGACUUUCCUUGAAGUUUUUUCAGAAAAAGGAAACUAAGAGAGCCUUGGAUUUCACAGAUUCUCCAGAAAACGAAGAAAAAGCCGAGUGUCGAGGCUCUGAAAUUGAUCAAGUUGUUCCGGCAGCACAGUCCUCACCUAUAAACUGUGAGAAGAGGGAGAACUUGUUACCAUUUGUGGGACUGAAUAAUCUCGGCAAUACUUGUUAUCUUAAUAGUAUACUUCAGGUAUUAUAUUUUUGUCCGGGUUUUAAAUCUGGAGUGAAGCACUUAUUUAAUAUUAUUUCAAGGAAGAAAGAAGCCCUAAAAGAUGAAGCCAAUCAAAGAGAUAAGGGGAAUUGCAAAGAAGAUUCUUUGACAAGUUAUGAACUAAUAUGCAGUUUACAGUCCUUGAUCAUUUCAGUUGAACAGCUUCAGGCUAAUUUUCUCUUAAAUCCAGAGAAAUACACUGAUGAACUUGCUACUCAGCCAAGGCGACUGCUUAACACACUCAGAAUACAUGAAAUGGGAAUUUUUAUUUAUAGGGAACUCAACCCUAUGUAUGAAGGAUAUCUACAGCAUGAUGCACAGGAAGUAUUACAGUGUAUUUUGGGAAACAUUCAAGAAACAUGCCAACUUCUAAAAGAAGAAGAAGUAAAAAAUGUGGCAGAAUUAUCUACUAAGGUAGAGGAAAAACCUCAUCAGAAAGGGGAAAGGAGUGGUAUUAACAGCGUAGAGAUGGACAGCAUGAGGCAUUCUGAAGACCAUAAAGAAAAACUCCCAAAAGGGAAUGGGAAAAGAAAAAGUGACACUGAAUUUGGCAACAUGAAGAAAAAAGUUAAAGUAUCCAAGGAACACCAGUCAUUAGAAGAAAACCAGAGACAAACCAGAUCAAAAAGAAAAGCUACAGGUGAUAUGUUAGAGAUUCCUCCUAAAAUAAUCCCCAAGUACAUUUCUGAAGGUGAGAGUGCAAGACCCUCACAAAAGAAAUCCAGAGUUAAAGUAAAUUGGUUAAAGCCUGCAACUAAGCAACCUAGCAUUCUUUCUAAAUUCUGUAGUCUGGGAAAAAUAACAACACACCAAGGAUCCAAAGAACAAUCUAAAGAAAGUGAAUAUCUUGAAGAGGACUUGGGGAAGGGUGAAAAUGAUGACACAACUAAUGGUUGUGGACUUGAAUCUCCAGGGAACGAUGUUAAAUCCAUUAAUGUUAAUGAAGUUAAGCCCAUAAACACAGGUGCAGAGCAGAUUGGUUUUGAGCUAGUAGAGAAAUUAUUUCAAGGUCAGCUGGUAUUAAGGACUCGUUGCUUAGAAUGUGAAAGUUUAACAGAAAGAAGAGAAGAUUUUCAAGACAUCAGUGUACCAGUGCAAGAAGAUGAGCUUUCCAAAGUAGAGGAGAGUUCUGAAAUUUCUCCAGAGCCAAAAACAGAAAUGAAGACUCUGAGAUGGGCAAUUUCACAAUUUGCUUCAGUGGAGAGAAUUGUAGGAGAAGAUAAAUAUUUCUGUGAAAAUUGCCAUCAUUAUACUGAAGCCGAACGAAGUCUUUUGUUUGACAAAAUGCCUGAAGUUAUAACUAUUCAUUUGAAGUGCUUUGCUGCUAGUGGCUUAGAGUUUGAUUGUUAUGGUGGUGGACUUUCCAAGAUCAACACUCCCUUACUGACACCUCUUAAAUUGUCACUAGAAGAAUGGAGCACAAAGCCAACCAACGAUAGCUAUGGAUUAUUUGCUGUUGUGAUGCAUAGCGGCAUUACAAUUAGUAGCGGGCAUUACACUGCUUCUGUUAAAGUCACUGACCUUAACAGUUUAGAACUGGAUAAGGGAAAUUUUGUAGUGGACCAAAUGUGUGAAAUAGGUAAACCAGAACCAUCAAAUGAGGAGGAAGCAAGGGGUGUGGUGGAAAAUUAUGCUGAUGAAGAUGUCUCGAUUAGAGUUGGUGCAAAUACACAGCCAAGUAAAGUUUUGAACAAAAAAAAUGUAGAAGCUAUUGGACUUCUUGGAGGACAAAAGAGCAAAGCAGAUUAUGAGCUAUACAACAAAGCGUCUAAUCCUGAUAAAGGUGCCAGUACAGCAUUUGCUGAAAACAGAAGUUCUGAGACUAACAGUUCUAAUGGGACCCAUGAAUCUGAUAGAAACAAGGAAUCCAGUGACCAAACAGGCAUUAACAUUAGUGGAUUUGAGAACAAAAUUUCAUAUGUAGUGCAAAGCUUAAAGGAGUAUGAGGGGAAGUGGUUGCUUUUUGAUGAUUCUGAAGUGAAAGUCACUGAAGAGAAGGACUUUUUGAAUUCUCUUUCCCCUUCUACAUCUCCUACGUCCACGCCUUACUUGCUAUUUUAUAAGAAAUUAUAGAGUGAGUGUAUUUUCCUUGUGUAUAUACUAAACAGACCUGGACAAACGUUGGCAAAGUUGAUUACAUUAAAGGGUCUUUGGCUUAUCUUUUGAAGCCAUUGGAUAUUACUGGUUUCUUUCGGUUUUUAUAAAAUAGUGAAGUUGGAAUUGAAAACCAUGUUAAUUUUUAGAAUUCAUUUUCCUUAGUAGAGACUAGUGAUGCAUUAGCUUCUGGGAACAAACUUCUAUAGGUUCUUAAUUAUCCAAAACAGAAGCAUUUAAACAGUUUUGCGUCUGCUUUUUAAAAUAAAGUGCUUGUAUUUUUAUCUCCAUAUUUUGGAGUAAUUAUCUACAUGAUGUUUAUAGGUCCUGUAGUUUUUCAGCUAGAAGGAGAAUCUCAUUUCAGUACAUUUAGUUUCAUAAGUCGUGAAGCCAGAUCCUUGAUGGGCUGUAUUAGAGGCACAAAGUCUGGAAGAGGUGUAUUCACAAUGGUGUACAUUUUGUGCCUUGAAUCACUUUGAAGAGUCUCAGAAAACCUGGACAGUCAGCCCCCUUCUAUCUUCACAAGAAUUUUACUUGUAUUUAUGAAGAUGAUUCUGUAUUCUAGUAAAUCUUUUUAGGCAUGGACUAAUUUGUAUCUCUUCAUAGUCAUACUCUACACAAUCUGUAUAUAGUACAUCAAAUUUAGAGGUGUGACCUUAAAGUUAACUUUUUUAAAAAACCAAGAGGUCAAUAAAACUUAAACUGCUUAACAACUAUGUA